UCGUGCAGCGCAAUUGCUCUUCUUCUAGUUCCUUUAUUAUUCUUUCCUAUUAUUUCUUAUUCUUAUUUUUUCCUUAUAUAGUUCAAAUAUACAGAAUUGAAACAAACUGAAUGUGCACUGGGUUAAAGCGAAGGACAUCUGAAGUGAUGUAUCUGUAACUGCAACAGUACAUCUGGAUGGAUAUUAGAGAUGUCGAUUUUUCCAGUUUAGACUGACAACGGGAAAACAAUCCCUCCACUGUGUGUCAGGCACAGGCUGCUUACCACUGGACAUAAAGCAUGAAGAUCGUAAUUUAAAGGAUAUAAAACCGACACCGACACCUGAGUAAAGGAAAUUGGACAACCAGCAGACUUUUUCAUUUUCCGCUGUAGUGAUUCUUCCCUCAAUGAUUCCACUGAACAUGUGUCUGAAACAGAAGUUAACACAUAAGUGAAAAUGAACCCUUAUGUCACCUCUGACUUCCGGAGGGAUCUCUUCCCCCAUUUCUAUUUGUUGUAGAUCUUUGUCCUUUUCCUUUAAUGCCACCUGAAAUGUCUUUAUCUUCAUUUGUAAAGCUGCUGCUGCCCGUUCCCUUGCUGUUCUCUUAGUCCUUGCAGUCAAUGUGACUGAAGGACUGUGUCUGUCCUCUGGUUCCUAAAUGAUUUGAUGUUGCACACUCAUUAUUCCAUUAGCAUUCAAAUGUAUGACGGUCUGGAAGUGGCUUAGCGAGGUAAAUACUAACAGGAUAGAUAUACAUUUUGCUUACUUUAUUUGAUUUAAUUUAACAUAAUCUUAUUAAAUCGUUUUUUAAAUACUCAACUGUUAUAUUUUAACUUUUAUAUUAUAUUAUAUUAUUUCCACAUUUUUUGUGCAUUUUCUAACCUUUCCUAAUCUGUUCAAGAAACCCUCUUCUGAUUUGGUCCAUACAGGGAUGCUGAUUAAGAGGCAUAAAUCUGAAAAGGUAGUCACACCUUCUCCUUCUGUGGCAUGCUGAUUUAUCAGCUUUGGUGCCAGACUUCCUACAAAUUCAGAGAACUCCUCAGGUGACCUGUGUUGUUACCUUUUCCCUUCCUGCAGCCAAAGCUAAUAGCAUUGGUCACUUCAGAGGUAAAUCAUUGUAAUCUUUCCAAAUUUGCUAUCAUCUGUCAGGUAUGUGAAUUUUCAGCGGAAUUGCUGAGCUGUCAUGAAGUACGCCUGCCCUGCUAACUGUUGCAGGUAAUUGCUUAAGUAGUAUUGUUUAGGUUAAUAUUUUCCAUAGAGCAGCCAGUACACUAAAAAAUUGAGAAUGGCCGUCAAACAGAUGUGCAGACCCUUGGAAAGGAAAUGUGAAAUAGUUAAAGCAGUGACAUGAUGGAACAGGAAGCGGCAAACAAAGUGGGUUUAUGUCAGUUCGGCCCCUCUCACAGGGUAGAAGUGACAUUUCCUUGACUUGGAAGGAUAACAAAGCUGAAACGCAUACCAUUUGCUCAGUUACUUACCCGCAUUUCAUGUAAUGUAUUUCCUUGUGUGUAUUUUCUCUGCAUUUUCAAUUGUUUAUAGAAACAGAGAUUUGACUGUUUUUUUUGUUUUGCUUUCUGUGCUCAUAACCAAGAGGUUGUGAAACUGUGAAGAACGUUGAGCGUAAGAUUGUGCAUGUUUUUUGUCUCUUUCUUUUGAUACUGCAUGUUGGAAAUGACUUUAUCAUAAUGUCAAAGUUCUCAUUGUUUUGUCAUUUUGCAUCUUACAACAUCAUUAGAAAAGGUAUGCUGUAAUGAGCUGGAUGCCCUUGAAAUGCUUCCCAUUCUCCUACUCCUUGGCACAAUCAGUUUAUAGCAUCCAUCAAGCGAUGGCUGCUCCAGCCCAAGACCUCAAUAUUUUCCGUUUAUUGCUUUGAACUGAGCACAACCAAUCCUGCAUGCUCCUGUUUUGUAUGUUGCGGCCAGUCCAGUCAUACUAUGCCUUGAAUGAAUUUUCAUUAUUGUGGAAUCGAGCUCUCAGCACUCCUCUUGACCCUCCUAUCUUCAGUUAGCCCCAUUUCUGUAGUUCACAUCUGUUGGAUUUAAGCACAGGGUUGUUUAUCACUGCACGAGAAAGCUGACUUUGUUUGUUGGGGAAUGUAUAACUAAACAAAUCGACUGUACGGGGAAACGGAAGGACAGGUCGUGGACACUGCAUCCAGAGACCAACUCAUGGCCUUAAAGGGUUUGCUCUUCUGUUCGGACCCAUUAUCUUCUUGUCAGGAACAAUUUACUGGACUGUUUUGGAAGUAAAACACAUAACUUCACUAACUGUGUGGUUAUAGCAGAGGUUUAAUCACAGAUGAUGGGAGCUGCACGUGUCAAACGUCGCUUCAGUGCUGUGGUGGAUGGGCCAGUGGAGGAGGAAGAGGUCAUGAAGCUGGCACAGAGUGCGGCAGAUACUGCUCGGGUGGGAGGGAGCCCCACGGGGUCAGGGUCCCCAACCAGCCCCUUCCCAACCCAUGCCCUCAACGGCAAAGCUCUACCUCUUCAGAGCAACACCAACAAUGCACGGAGGCAGAGUGCCAUUGGAGAGUUGGCUGGGGGAGAUGUAGGAGGAGAUGGUGGAGUGAGAGCAGGAAGAACAUACCAAGGGCCAAGAAAUGCAAAAGGUAGUAGUGCAGGGGGAAGAGGUGAAAGGCCUUCCUCGUCUGACCAGGAUUCACUCUCGUCCCCCUCCACUACCAGCCGCCGACGCAUCCGGCGCACAAACCACCGGCCCCGGCAACGCUUUGUGGGCAAGGACGGACGCUGCAACGUCACCUUCGUCAACAUGAGCGAGAGGGGCCAGCGGUACCUCAGCGAUCUCUUCACCACCUGUGUGGAUAUCCGCUGGCGCUGGAUGCUGGUCAUCUUCACCCUCUCUUUUCUUCUCUCCUGGCUGCUCUUUGGCUUUGCCUUCUGGCUCAUUGCCUCCGCGCAUGGGGACCUCUCCAUUCGGCUUGCCCCCAGCUCAGGUUCUUCUCCAGGAUCAGGAGAUGCCGGCUCUGGAGGAGAGCCUGAUAGAGAGGCAUUGGUUGAGGAGCCGUGCUUCCUUCAGGUAAACAGCUUCAUGGCGGCCUUCCUUUUCUCCUUGGAGACGCAAACAUCCAUCGGUUACGGAUUCAGAAGCGUGACCGAGGAAUGUCCCCUGGCGGUGUUGGCGGUCGUUUUGCAGUGCAUUGUGGGCUGCAUUAUUGACGCCUUCAUCAUCGGGGCAGUCAUGGCAAAGAUUGCCAAGCCCAAGAAGCGCAACGAGACACUGGUGUUCUCUGAGACCGCUGUGGUGGCACUGAGAGACGGGAAGCUCUGCAUGAUGUGGAGGGUCGGAAACCUGCGCAAGAGCCACCUGGUAGAGGCUCACGUCAGAGCACAACUACUCAAGCCAAGGGUGACACCAGAAGGCGAGUACCUCCCACUGGAUAAUGCAGACAUCAACGUGGGCUUUGACACUGGCACCGACCGCAUCUUUUUGGUCUCUCCUGUGACAAUUGUCCAUGAAAUCAACGAAGAGUCUCCUUUCUUCGAGAUGGACAAAAAAUCCCUGGAGAGUGACCCUGAGCUGGAGGUGGUGGUCAUACUUGAGGGUAUGGUGGAGGCCACAGCAAUGACCACGCAGUGCCGAAGCUCCUAUCUUUCCUCUGAAAUCGUCUGGGGACACCGCUUUGAGCCUGUGCUCUUUGAGAGGAAAGACUGCUACCAGGUGGACUAUUCUUUUUUCCAUCGAACAUACGAAGUCCCUAACACACCGCUGUGCAGUGCUAAAGAACUUGCCGAGCAGAAUUACAUCGAAGGCUCUCACUCGUCAUUCUGCUAUGAAAACGAAGUUGCCCUGCAACUGGCUUCCCCAGACGAGGGACCAGAUCAAGACCCUGAGUGUCCCUCCCCACUGACCCGAAGGCCCUCUCUGGCUGAACACCUUCACUACAACUGAACCAGAAGAGCACAAGGCUUCACAGGGAGACAGGGAGGUUUUCAGAGGGCAAACAGGGGAUAGUUAGAUUAGAGAGGAUGGUUUGAACAGACAUUAGAUUUAGACUGAGAUAUGGCAGAGUGUAGACUUGAAAUCAAAAUGCGAUUAUUGCACUGAUCAACGAGAACAAAAAAUCCACAGUGGGAACAUGAUUAAUAUGGCCGAUUAAGCCAGGUAACCUAGACAGGGAAUACACAGAUAAAGAAAAAACAGUAGGGGAGUUAGGUUACUGCGCUGCCCUAGUUGUCUGAUUGGUCCUGGCAGUCUUUCAAAAUCAUUGAAAACUUGUCUGCUAAGUCCCACAUCUGGCCCAUCACUACCACAGCACACUCAUCUGGCUCUAAUUCCUGACCGGCAGGAUGUGAAGUAGCUCCACUCUGUGGCUACAAACUGUAACUACCACCUUGUGUUUUCUGAAUAUGGAGACAUCUGUGACCUCAGUUUGAUUGAUGUGGCUUCUGAGUUGAGUAAACAGAAAUGUUGUUGCUCAGGAAUGAAUUUCCACUAUGAUGCUGACUUAUCACCGUAAUGUUUUAUUGUCUUAUGGUAAGUAUGAUUAGUGCCCUUUCUAUGAUGAUUGUGGACUGUAGUGAAUGUACUUGAGUAUGAAUUAAGGCCCCCUCUUUGAGCCAAAGCAGAGCAACCGUAACAUGAGGAAACUGCUCAAAACUAGCAGCGGUUUCAAGCAGUUUCUACUCAUGUAACAUCCUUUAGGUUUGUUUUUUGGCUUGGUUGAAAUGGGUUGGUAAAACUUGCUUUAUUUAGUGCGACAUUUUUUACAGAGAUGACUUCCAUUGUUUUCAGGGGAUGAGUUGUAAUGUUUCAACCCACAGAGCUGACCUGGUUGUACUGAUUCAAGUUUGCUGUGUGCAAUUAGUCUGUCAAUAACCGUGCAAUUUUCUCGCACAAAUAUCUACAUUGUCCUGUCACUGAAAGACAUGAUGUGAUGCUUCUGCUCUGUAACCUCUGGAUUCUUGCACUCACUGAGCGACGACAUUACAAUCAUAGAAGAGCCUUGGCACUUGGAUGACCCGAGAUGGUGUGGAUUGAAUCAAAUGAGGAUAUACUUGUUGACUCUGUAAAUGCAGCAGAAACCCACAGUCACCUCCAGCAUCGCAACCACAUGAAUCAUCACAACUGUGCUAGACAGACUGUCUGAUCUUGUUAAUGUUGGGUUGACUUGCUGUGUCUGAAUCUAAAAAAACAAUGAGAACUGAACUGGAACUUGCCCCGCAUUCUUAAAAAAAUAUUCUAUAUAAUUAUGUUCUGUAAAUCAUGUAAUCCCGCUUUAAUUUGAAUACAUUACAGACAGUUUCUCUAUGGCAGAUUAGUUGGCGGUGCCUCCAUAAUAGUCAUGAGAUUUUGCCACUAACCCCAAAACAGGAUCAUUAUGUUCUAUGUUUAAGAUGUGCUUAAAGCCUAUUUUCAUUGUGCAUAUUUUAGACAAGACUGUUGUUUUGAUUCACUGUAACAUUUACACUGUAUUCUUGAUAAACAAAUAAUUACUGUGAACACAUUCAGUGACUGAAUAGUUCCAGUAUGAGCUCUCACUAAAGACAGGAGAAGCUUUUAGUUGAAUUAUAAUUUAUCCUAUUUAAUAGUUGCAGUUUGUAGCUAUAUUCAAAAGCACAUUGGAAUGCUGGUCUAUUUUUGUCCUGAAAGCAUUUACCGUACACCAUACAACUUCCAAGUGUUUAAAGGCAUUUUGGUAUGGGCAAUGUAAAUAAGUUAUGGAGUCCUACAAUUAUAGGGCUGACCAAUAUUCAACCUGUUUGACGCACAGACGUGGAACUGCACAAUAUGGAGUCUAAUAUCACGAAAGGAGUUGUACAACAGUUAGUCUUUUUCAGAUGAGCACAAGUUAACUUCAGCUCUGCAGUUAUAGUGGUUUAUUCAAGUCACUGGAAAGUUAAAAACUUUUAACUUGAUAUACAGCUGAGGUAUUCACUGAUAACAUAUUGUCUGUUGAAUUUAAUGUUAAUACUGUUCUAUGUUUGUGUGUGUCCCCCACACUUCUCCUUCAUGGCUACCAUGUGCUAUUUAUAGGAGGGUCUUGUCAUUCACCCUGCCUCCACCUCUGUGAAAUGUAACCUGAGCCCAAAGCACAAUCACUUUAGUAGCGCUUUUUAAAACCCUCCAAAAAACAGAUUGUCUGGUCAUGUUACUGUACACUUAGGAUUCACUGCGCUCACAAUGCAGUACAACUUUUUUUAUAGCUAAUGUAAAUUGCACAGUGUACACUUUUACUUUUUCCUCUGUUAUUUUUUCUGGAGAUGAGGUGAAACCUCUCUGUUUCACAAUGUAAUUUCAGAGUGGUCUUGGGCACAGAGCACUUCAUAAUAAAACAACUGUGUUGC